GACAAUGACAUUCUUGCUUGCUGCAGCACAACAGAAUAUUGUAAGCAUAAAUACAGAAAAUUUCAGUGCGUCUAUAUAGCAUAGACCAUAUAUAAACACAUAAAUAAUCAGAUAAAGUGCAAUAGGCUGUUAUAGUUCAGUGUUUGUUUGAUGGUGAGUUUAAUAACCUGAUGGUUGUGGGGAAGAAGCUGUUCAUGAACCUGGAUGUACCAAAUUUCAGGCUACUGUACUUUCUACCUGAUGACAGUGGAUCUCUCAUCUCUGAGUGUGUGGCCAGGAUGGUGUGGGUCUUUGAUGAUGUUGGCAGCCUUUUUGAGGCAGCGACUGCGAUAGAUCCCUUCGAUGGUGGGGAGGUCAGAGCUGAUGAUGGACUGGGCAGUGGGCACAACUUUCUGCAUCCUUUUCCGCUCCUGGACGCUCAAGUUGCUGAACCAAGCCACGAUGCAACCAGUCAGCAUGUUCUCUACUGUGCACCUGUAGAAGUUCAAACGAGUCCUCUUUGACAUACCGACUCUCCGUAAUCUUCUGAUUAAGUAGAGGCGCUGAUGUGCUUUCUUUAUAUUUCCAUCAGUGUGCUGGGACCAGGAAAGAUCUUCGGAAAUUUGCAUGCCCAGGAAUUUGAAGUUCUUGACCCAUUCCACCCUUUAUAUCAAUGGCGAGUUGAUAUAAAUGCGAUUGUGGAUCCCUAUCCUAUCCCUUCUGAAGUCCACAAUCAGUUCCAUGGUUUUGCUGGUGUUGAGAGCCAGGUUAUUAUCUGGCACCAUUUGGUCAAUCGGUCGAUCUCACUUCUAUACUCUGACUCGUCACCAUCAGUGAUUCAUCCCACAACAGUGGUGUCGUCGGCAAACUUGAUGAUGGAGUUCGCACUAUGUCCGGCUACGCAGUCAUAAGUAUAGAGUGAGCACAGCAGGGGGCUGAGCACGCAGCCUUGAGGUGCUCCUGUGCUGAUCGUUAUCGACGAUGACACAUUUCCACCAAUACGGACAGACUGUGGUCUGUGAAUGAGGAAGUCGAGGAUCCAAUUGCAGAGGGAUGCGCGGAGACCCAGAUCUGAGAGCUUGAUAACCAGCUAGGAGGGGAUAAUCGUAUUAAACGACGAGCUGUAGUCAAUGAAUAACAGCCUGACAUAUGAGAUUUUGUUGUCCAAGUGGUCCAGAGCGGAGUGGAGAGCCAGUGAGAUCGCAUCCACCAUUGAUCUGUUGUGGUGGUAAACGAACUGCAGUGGGUUGAGGUUCUUGUCUAGGUAGGAGUUGAUAUGCACCAUAAUCAACCUCUCAAAGCACUUCAUCACCAAAGACAUUAGUGCCACUGGUCGAUAGUCAUUGAGGCAUGUCACCUUGUUCUUCUUGGGCUUGGUGUAUUAUUGAUGCCCUUUUAAAGCAGGUGGGAACCUCACACAUCAGAAGUGAGAGGAUAAUACACAUCCAAGUAAAAUACACAUCCAAGAUCAGAGUUUUAUAGUUAUAAGGAUGAAUAAAUGUAUUUUUGAAAAAAGGUCAUAAUAUUAAAUGUGUUUAUAAUCCAUCAAGUGAAUCAUUUCCUUCAGCAUCCUUUUGAGCUUUCUGCACUCAGUUUUCUGCACCAUAUUAUCCAGGCAGUUGCUGCAGCCUGUGCCAUUAAUUGGUCAUCUGCUGAUAUUCUUGCGCAAGAUGCUUCUAAAAUUACAAAACCGUAAGUAGCUCGGAGGAUUGAUUGUUCAAGUUCACAUCCUUUCCAUUAUCAGUGGGUCCUGAACCAAAUAAUGUCCUGGGUAAACAGGACAUAUUAUUCACCUCGAUUGGCCAUGUACAGUGUGUGUGAAUUGGAGUGUCAAAUCAAAUAGUUAGUCAAAGGUAAUGAUGGACAGGAAGAAAAAGCAAUUAGUUGCAGCGAGACCCUGUUCAAAUCUCAGCUCAUUUGAGAGUUGUUCUGAUGCAGACUUCUCCAUGAGAAUAAACCCCAUAUCUUCAAGGAUCGUAGUCAAUGUUAACCAUAAGAGGAUGAUGGUGUUUGGUAUCCUGGUGGAAUGAGACUGGGUUGUCCUGCGAUAAACCUGAAUCUUUGCUUCCUGCACUUCUAAAGAAACUAAAGUCAGCAAUGCUUCGAAGUAGGAUUGGUGCCUGGCGCUGAACCCGAACAGUUUCUGCAAUUUUUAAAGAAAAUAUUUGCUUUAUUAGCGUCAAACUAGUUGUGGCCUAUAUCUGGCUGCAGGCGUCAUCUGCAGUAACAUUGCAGAUAAUACUCAGAAAAAGACUUGGCUAAAGUCUGAGCUUCAAAAUAGAUAGAAUAAUUUGAAGAUCAUCGUGGCUCUGGAUACAAGCAGCAGAAUCUUUGGGACUGAGCUUACAUUCAGCCGCACAAAAUGAAUAUAUCUAAAUGUGAAAAUUGCAAUUCUUACAACGUGAUGUCUCUUCUGGGGCAAGAAACGGUUUCUGUGCAAUUCUCCACAAAUCUCUCGCAGACUGCAGAACUCCGAGUCUUACGUAACCUAAUGCAGAAAUCAUAUUUCACUAUGUCCUAUCAAGGAAUGGAUGGUUUGGUCAUUCCUCUAGUUAUCUGUCUUUUUGCCUCACUGCUGGCCACUCCUCUGGUCCUGAUGGCCAUCUUUUCGAACAGCAGUCUUCGUCAGGAGACCAGGUAUCUUCUGCUUGCUAACACCAUGGUGAAUGAUUUAAUUUAUUCGGUACUGAACACCUUUAUUGCUAUCCUGAACACGGUGGGUAUUGGAAUGCCCAAAGUAGUUUGCGAAAUGUUUUUGUUCAUUUUAACUGUGGCUUAUUCCAAUGGGAUUCUGACAAUCACCGCCAUGGUGGUGGACACUUAUGUGGCCAUUCGUUGGCCUCUUCACUAUUCUUCACUUUUAUCCCACUCUAGAACAAUCAAGAUCAUUGCCUGCAUAUGGAUUACCUCUGUCAGCCUUUCCUCUGUACUGCUCAUCAUUACGUUAGGGACACAGACAAAUCCAUUCUCCUUGCUGACGAUGUGUGUGGCACCCUUGGUGCUUUUGUCCUCUCCAUUUGGAACUUCUUUGUUAAAAUGUUCUUAUGGCAUUAUGGUUCUCUAUUUUCUAAUAUGUUUAGUACUAAUAUCGAGUUCCUGUAUCAUGUUAUAUUGCAAAACUAAGACAUCGGGGAUAUGGGUUAACAACUCAAGAGCAAAGCAGACUUAUCUCAUCCAUUCAGUGCUGUUAAUUGUUUAUUUCUCCCCUCUGGUUGUGCUCUUAGGUGGGGUGGUGAUUAAUGGAAUGCAUCCGACUGAGACCCAGUCGGCAGCUUGGAUCAUUGUGUCAGUAAAUGAUAUACUGAUGUUACCGAAGGCAGUGAGCCCCUAUGUCUAUGGACUGAGGUAUCGAGAGAUUACAAAUACCAUCCGGUCAUUCUUCACUCUGAGGUCGAUAGCUCAAAUAAGGCCGCUGUGA